AUGGCUCGGAGGAUGAGCAUUGACGAGCUGGAAGACCAGCUACUCUGUCCCAUCUGCUUGGAGGUCUUCAAGGAGCCCUUGAUGCUGCAGUGUGGGCAUUCGUACUGUAAAUCCUGCGUGGUGUCACUCUCUGGAGAGCUGGACGGGCAGUUCUUGUGCCCUGUGUGCCGCCAAACGGUGGACUGCAGUGCCUCGCCACCCAAUGUCACGCUGGCCCGUGUCAUUGAGGCACUGCAGAGCCGGGGCGAGGCAGAGCCCACCCCAGAGUCCUGCCCAACGCACCACAACCCCCUCAGCCUCUUCUGCGAGGCUGACCAAGAAGUGAUCUGCGGGCUGUGCGGCACCAUCGGCAACCACCGCCAGCACAAGAUCACCCCCAUCUCUACUGCAUACUGCCGGAUGAAGGAGGAGCUGUCUGUGCUGCUGACUGAUGUCCACCAGUACAAGAGGAACCUGGAUGAACACUUCAGCAAGCUCAUCAAUAACAAAAGCCGCAUCGCAAACGAGGCGGAUGUCUUCAAGUGGGUGAUCUGGAAGGAGUUCCAGGAGCUGCACAGGUACAUUGACGAGGAGAAGGCCACCUUCCUGGAGAGCAUCGAGGGGAAGGCAGCCCAGCUCAUCACCUCCAUCGAGUCCCAGGUUAAGCAGACAUCAGAUGCCCUGCAGAGGCUUAAGGAGAUGCAGAGCUCUCUGGAGGCACUCAGCAAUGAAAGUCAGCUUGAUUUCAUCCGGAAGUAUGGCUCCUGCCAGUUCAGGUCAGAGCUCCCCAGCCUGCACCCUGGAGAUGGCAUCUUUAGCCCCGUGUCCUUUAAGCCAUGUUUCCACCAAGACGACAUCAAGAUGACUGUGUGGAAGCGCCUGCACCGCCGCGUCCUGCCAGGUACCAACCUGCCCUGCUGGAGAGCUCCUGGAGCAGUGUGUGCCUGGAGCCUGUGUGCUUUCCUUCUAGCUCCAGAGACGCUGAAACUGGACCCGGUGACAGCGCAUCCCCUCCUGGAGCUCUUCAAAGGUGACACGGUGGUGCAGUGUGGGCUUUACCAGCGCCGGGAUAGCAACCCUAAGCGUUUUGACUCCAGCAACUGCAUCCUCACCUGCAAGGGCUUCUCCUGCGGCCAGCACUACUGGGAGGUGAUUGUGGGCACCAGGAACCACUGGCGCGUGGGCAUCAUCAAGGGCACAGUCAGCCGCAAAGGGAAACUCAGCAAGUCUCCCGAGAAUGGUGUGUGGCUCAUCGGCCUGAAGGAAGGGAAGGUCUACGAGGCCUUCAGCACCCCACGGGCCAUUCUGCCACUGACCGCCCGGCCCCAGCGCAUUGGUAUCUACCUGCACUAUGAGAAGGGUGAGCUGACCUUCUACAACGCUGACAACUCCGAUGAGCUCAGCCCCAUCUAUACCUUCCAAGCGGAGUUCCAGGGCCAGCUCUACCCCAUUGUGGACCUGUGCUGGCCGGAGCGAGGGCCCUACUCCCCCCCCAUCAUCCUGCCCACGCCUGCCGCGAGCCAGCAGCCCCGGGCACCAUACAACCAUCCUGCCCCAGAGGAACCCACAAAGCUGUAG